ACGAGGACUCGGCGAAGAUGGAUCCCGAGUCUCCGCCCCGCGAGCUGGAGCUGUCGGCGCUGGAGGCCGAGAAGGAGCCGAUGGCGGCGGCGGCCGAGCCCGAGCCCGGCUCCCCCCCUCAGCCUCCCCCUCCCCACCGCGACCCCACCCCAGCGCCGGCCGCUGCUCCGGGCGGGGAGAAGAACGGGCUGGUGAUGAAGAUCCCGCCCGAGGAAGAGGAGGAGGCGGCUUUGGGGGGCUCGGGGGUUUCAGGGAGCCCCAAAUUCACGGGGCUGGGCAAGGAGGAGCUGCUGAGGGAGGCGGGGACGCCGCUCUGGGCCCGGGCCCGCCUGGUGCUGCUCGUGCUCUUCUGGGGGGGCUGGCUCGGGAUGUUGGGCGCCGCUGCCGCCAUCGUGGCCCAGGCCCCCCGGUGCCAGCCCCUGCCUGCCAAAGCCUGGUGGGAGCUCGGGGCGCUCUACAGGGCCCCCCCAAAGGCGUUUGGGGGCGAUCUGAAAGGUGUGGAGAAGCGUUUGGGGUACCUGAAGGAGAAGCUGCAGGUGGGGGGGCUGGUGCUGGGCCCCGUGGCCCCCCAAAAACGCCCCGAGGAUCUGAUCCCCCCCCUGGAGGAGCUGGACCCAGACCUGGGCACCAUCCAGGACUUCAGCGCCCUCCUGCAGGCAGCCAAGGACAAAGGACUGAAGGUGAUUCUGGACCUGACCCCAAACCCUGGGGAUCGGGUCUGGGGGGAUGCAGCCAAGGACCCCAAAGUGCACCAGCAGGUCCAGGCUGCCCUGAGCCGUUGGCUGAAGCAGGACAUUGCUGGGAUCUUCCUGGAUGGCAUCGAGGAGCUCCCGCCCUCGGUGGUGGCUGAGUGGAGGAACCUGACAGAGCAGGAGCCGAGCCCCAGCGGCGUGGCCAGGGUGCUGGUGGGGGGCACCCCGCUGCAGGACCCUUGGCUGCUGCCCCAGAUCCCGGGGGGGCUGCGCCUGCUCCUGGGGCCCUUCCUGCAGCCCCUGCAGCCCAAACCGGACCAGGAAUCGCCCGAGGGAGCCGUGAGGAACCUGCUCACUUCCUCAGAUCCCCCAAAUCCCCAAAAUCUCCCUGUGGGGCUGGGCUGGAGUGGGGGUCCCCCGUGGGAGUCCUGGGUGAGCCCCAGCCUGAGGCUGCAGCAGCUGCUGCUGCUCUGGGGGCUCCCCGGGACCCCCGUGCUGAGCUACGGCGACGAGCUGGGGCUGCCCCGGCCCCCCAAAAACCAACAGCUGCCACCAAUGCCGUGGGAAUCCAUCGAGGACCCGAAAAAGGCGGGGAACGGCUCUGAGCCCCCGGAGCUGGAGCUGUGCACGGCGCUGGCCUCGCUGCGGGCCCACGAGCGCUCGCUGCUGCUGGGGGAGGCGCUGCCGGUGCCCGCGGGCUCGGCCGUGGCGCUGCUGCGGCGCUGGGACCAGAGCGAGCGCUUCCUGCUGCUGCUCAACCCCCACGGGGCCCCCCUCAAACCCUUCUCGGUCAAGAGAGACCCCCUGGACCCCCCCCUGCCCGAGUGGGCCACGCUGCGCCUCAGCACCGGCCCCAGGGAGCCCGGGGAGCCCCAGGUGCAGCUGCAGGAGCUCAAGGUGGGGCCCUACCAGGGGCUGCUGCUGGGCUUCCCCUACAGCCCCCAGUGAGCCCGGGCACCCAAAGCUGCCUUGACCCCCCCUCAGCACCCCAAACCCACCCUGACCUCCCCCAGCACCCCAAACCUGCCCUGUGGAGGACCCUCCUCCACAGCCAUCCUUGCUCACCCUCACUUGGGGUCCCACAUUCAUCUCCCCUCUGUCUUUUUUUGGGUUUUGUUUUUCUCUCCCCAGCUCAGUUUUGGGGUUUUUUCUUUGUUUUCUGGGAGUAUUGGGGUCCCCCGCCAAUCUGAAUAAAUGAAUUGCAUUUGUGA